GUCUGAGUGUUUAUAGCUCAGAGAUACUCGAUCACUGGCAUGAGAGUCAGUCUACAGCUUCUGUCACAGGGAUGAGAUGAUCUGUGUGAGAGUCCGGUCUAAAGUCCUGCUGCUUCCCAUCAGUUCAUCAUGAGUGCCAGGGGAACAAACAUCCCUAACAAACGCCUGACGUCAGACACAGAUCACACACAGAGAGUCUUGGACGCAGAGCCGAGUCAGCAGAUAAGAUUGAGAGAGAGACAGCGUUUUUUUGAAGAGGUCUUUCAACAUGAUGUUGAUGUCUACUUCUCACCUGCACACCUGCAGAUCGACUAUAUGAGACCACCUUUAGGAAGCAUCUCCUCUAUGGAGGUGAAUGUAGACAUGCUGGAGCAGAUGGACCUAUUGGACAUCUCUGAUCAGGAGACUUUGGACGUUUUCUUCAGCGCUAGCGAGGAGGAGCCAUCGCUUACAUCUCCACUUCCAGCUCUCUGCCACGCUGCUGUUGAAGAACAUGAACUGCUGAAAAACCUUGUGUCUUCGAGAAGUCACGACUCCUGUGAGGUCAAAGAACGCAUGUUGUCCACUUCCUCCAACUCCACCUGUGACAGCCAAGCGUCCAAUGAGGACGGAUCAAACACUCCCGUCGUCCAGUCAGACGAUGAGGACGAGCAGGAAGACCACUUGUUAGAAACGGGAACGCCCACAGGCAGGGAUGCCCCUAUAGACGAGUCUGCCCAUUCAUCAUAAACUGCCUUCUCAUUUAUUACUGACCCCCUUGAGAAAUAUUUGCAUGUUUGUCCAGGUUGAGACUGUUUCAGAAGUGGAUUGACCGGUUUAGUCAUAAAUCAAAUCUACCAAAGACCUGCUUGAACUCUCAAAUAAAACUUCUCAUUCAAGGUCCUCUUUCUCCCACACUAGGAGUGUCCUUUACACUUUGACAUCUAACCAUUCAUCUUAUCAGGGUCAUUCUUGUUUUUCACUACCUUUUGAGACAAGGAAAUUCUGCAACAAAAAAUAUGCCUGUGUUGCAAUUAAAGGACCUGCUUCUUUGAAAUUACAGUA